AUGGAUGGUUUACACAACAACAUGGAAAGAGAGUUUGAGGCAGACAACCUUUCUAUGUUCUUUGACUGUAACGACGACCACUUCGUACCAACAUUUUUACAAUCCGAGGGUCCCCACUCUGCUGUGCAAGAUCUAAAUUUAAUGGAAAGUUUUAAUUUUCAAACUGAUCUGCCUCCUGUAGCCCCCUCUGCAGUUGUGGAAUCAAUAAACGAAGCACAAGCACAGACUCAUGUUCAACUCAUGGAUCCAACGUCUUGGUUUCCCCAGGGACCCUCAAGUGAAAUGACUUUCACUUUUGUUCCUAAUCCGAUACCACCUUCACUACCAAACACUUCACUUCUUAAUGGAACACAACCUGGCCAACCUCUAUCCACCAUGGAGGGCUUGAUGUUGGAUGGAAUGGGUCCAUGUACUCUAGGACAGGAUAUGACCCAAGCUGGUUACUCCAAUCAAUUUUCAGACUUGCCAAAUGAAAAUUCGCUUGGGCUUCAAGGUAUUCAUUUUUACAAGGAAAUCUUGAGCAAUCAACCUUCCAUACCAAAUACACUCGAAAUCAAUAAUUUCAAUGCUAUCAAUAUUAUCCAUUCAUCUCCUAAGCCAGCUCUGAUACACCCAAACCCGGUGCAGGCAGGGCCAGGGAAUGAAACAUACUCAAGUGGACUAUUUGUACCACCAGAAAGAUCUGUGUUGGAGCCAUAUGCAAAUAUUGACCCUGGUUUUGUCACAAUACCACCAAAUCCUAAUGAACAAGGUUGUAGACCUGUGCUGCCUGAGCCUGCAGUUCCUUCGGCGACCUCACUUGCUAAUAAUGGUCCACAAUCUAGCUUCUUCGCGACAAGCAAUUCCUAUGGAUCCAGAUCUUCAGUAACUCCUUCCAAUGAAAUGUUUGGCCUCAAUUUUCCAAUCUGGCAUUUCCCAUUGUAUGCAAAUCAGGAUCAACACCAACAUCCCCAAGUCAUGACGCCUAAUGAUCAAGGACAGCAAAGUAGUGCCUCAAUGCAACAGUGCACAAGUUCUCACUCCACUACAGGAUCACGCUCUCGAGUUUCUAACUCCAGAAAGGCUAAGAUUGCACCAAAUUUAAGAGUACAAGAAGAAGCUGCUAUUCCGAAGAAUGAAGUCCCGGCUUGUCGGGACAAAGGAAAUCUUAUGGGAACUUCAUCAACUAGGUCCCAACCUUCUGAAGCGAUAAGAAGGAUUCUAAAUAUGAAUCCUUCGCGGUUGGUUAGCAGUUUCACUGCUGAACAAAUUCAAAGCAAGCAACAAAUUGGAACGCAGGUACGUUAUCAACCACCAUCUCCUGGUCGCCCUUCAAAACGAAGCUAUAAAGAGUCAUAUUUUCAACGUGAAAAGUGGCCGAUGGUGUCUUCCGGAAUAGGAAAUUCUGUAACAACUCCUGCAACAUCCCAACAUACUCCUGGCAGUGUAUUGAUUAAAGAUCGAAAUGCCAUACCCACUAACCACCCCUUUCCUCCUAGGCAAUUUGUAAACUCUGUCUAUGACAUAGAAUAUGAGAGGAAAGGUCAUCCAAUUGACCCUCAUCUGAGAUUAUUCAAAUCACCACCAGUUUUGCAAAUGAGUGCUGCAUAA